AUGUGUAACUACUCCUACCACCACUACCCCAGCUGCGGACACAUCUCCAACUGGAGCAUGACCGGCUGCCAAGAAUACACCAACAGCCUCCGCCUGGCCGGACCAGAGCGCAGCGUAUCCUGCACCAUGAUCGAUCUCUCCCACGACCUCCUCCCUUCCACCCACCCAAACAUGUGCGUGGAGUGCGAGAGCGAGCGGACCAAAAACCUCUCUUCUCUCAGAGACAGCCAGACCCAAGCCUCAAGCUCUUACCGGACCAUUGAGGGCCUGGACGCUACAGGCAAUAUCAUCCAAGUUAACGCGGUGAGUGAUUCCACUCCAGACGACAGGGACACAAGCAGUACUGACCACAGCGAUAAUGAUCAGGUCUUCUUGGGUGCUGCCGUUGAUGAUUCGGGCAAUGGGGACGCGGACAGGGCUGGCCACAGCGACAAUGGUCAGAUCUGUUGGCGUGCUAUUGUCGACGAAUCGGAGUCGAAGUGCGGCCUGGCGCAUUCCGAUAAGUCCUCUGCGACAGUGUUUAAGUUUGCUCGUACUAAUCCUAGUUCGCCGGAGAAUGCUGGAGAUCUUGAAUCUUUUGUGUCUGCAAUCGUCAAGACCCGCCCGGAUCAUCUCGCACGCAGCGGCGAUGAGAGCGACAAUGCAAAGGCCAUUGAGAUUGAAUCACCCACUGAGGACAAUGCUUGUGCAUCCCCCAGCGAUAACAGCAGCUGCGAGACAGACAGUUCUGGCUCGUCGCUCUGCGGAUCUUCUUUGAUAAGGUAUAAUAUACUUAAGCUAAGAAUUGACGAAUACGUUGAGAAGCGGGAGCAGCAGCGACGGGAGGUAAACACUGACUAUCAGAAGCACGCUGACAUAUAUGCCCCUCAUAUUGAUCUCAAGGACACGCCUCCUGCAGACUCAAUUAAUAGCCCCGAAGCUGACCAUCACUCGUUUGACCAGCCCACUCUUGACAUUGACCUUGUGCAGCAGCGUAUUGAAGCGACCAUCUUGAAGCGCAUUGAAGAAAGCAACGAAAAAGAAGCCCGACAGGAAAUCAUCUCCAAGCUCCUAGACGCAGCACUUUUAAAGAAGGACCGAGACGACCGGCACGAGAAGAACGCCGAGCUGGGCAUCGAAGAGGACCCCCAUCUCUGGGACACAGAGUCCCUCGACCAAAUGUGGCAUGCAAAGAAAUCCACUGUACCCAAUAACGACAGCACCCCUGUCUCCCCCCACACCUGCCCAUCUCCCAAGACCCAACAGGCCCCAGCCCCAGACCCCCAACUCCAGAAGCACAUGUACAUGGGCAGCAUGUUUGCCUCUGAAGAAUCCGCCUACCAACGCGGACUACGCGAGGUCCGGCCAUACAGCAAUUACGCAGGUGAGUGGGAAGGAUUCAUGAUGGCAUUUUCCGAAGACGACGCGAACCGGCAGGGCCUACUAGACCCGGUCCACGUGCGGGGAUGCUGUUCCUCGCGACGCGCCGACUUCCACCUCUACUACGGCGUGAUGCAUGCUGCGUCCGAGGCAGAAGCCGAGAAACGCUGGUUGGAGGAUAUCCGACGGAUACCCGGUGAAGACGGGAAAUUCUACGGGUUGUUGCGGGCUGACGAUUUGCGGCACGCGCGCGCGAUGGGACUUAGUGAUAUCCGUCAUCCGUGGGGGUGUUGUAAGGAUGCGCUUUUUACGAUGCCGGAGCGGGUGCUCCAUAAAUACACGGGGUUUAUGUGUGCGAUCUCCCUGGAGGAGGUUGGACAUAUGGGGUUGUGUGAUGCGGAGCCGGUUCCUGGGGAAUGUGGUGAUUAUUAUGGUGGGACUUAUUAUGGGUAUGUUGAAGCUUAUAAUGAGUUGGAUGCUUUUCAGAUGGGAUUGAAGGAACCUGAACAUGGGAAGUGUUGUGCCAAGGCCGAGGUUGAUGUGUCGAUCUCGGAGGGGGAUACGUAUUACGGUUAUAUGUAUGGGAGGUCUGAGGAACAGGUUGCUAAUAGGGGCCUGAAGGAUGUUCUACUUGUUCCUGGAUUUGAUAUUAAGUAUUCGGGGUAUUUACAGGCGGACUCUGAGGAAGAGGCUAAGGCUAUGGGCCUUUUUUGA